CGCGAGCACAGAGCGGCUCGGCUGUUAUGACACAUCUACACUUUCGACGAUAUUUAUUCCGUUUAACCAAUGCGUAGUCUCUUUCUCUGCGUAGACUGAAAAAAAAAAAAAAAAAAAAAAUCAAAGCAAGUACAAUUGUCCCCCUUCACACAUUUUUCACAAGGUUCUUCAUCGGUCAUGCGACGCUGUGAGGAUUGUAGGAACCAGCUGCACCUUUUUAUCCCGAAACUUCACCUGGUGGUGUGACUGAAUUGAAUUACUUUAAAACUUGCUUCUCGGCAGUAGGUGGUUUUAAGUUUUUGUUUUUUGUUGUUUUUUUCCUUCUGUUUUAAUCGAAGUACGCAUGUUGGGCGAAAAGGUGUAACUGCUUUUUUAACACUUGCAACAUGGCUGCUGCAGGAACAGCAGAGAGAAAAGUUGAACACUGACGUGGGAUAAGUUCAGUGCGAAACUGGGCACGGACACAAACUGUGUCGUGUUUUAGCAGAGCUUUUAGUCGGACUUUCGUGGCACCGCCGCCUCCUCUCCCUCCGCAGACACUGCAGUGGACUUUGUGGGGGAAACUGGUGUCUCCUUCUCCAUCACCUCCUACACGCACUCCAGGAUCCGUGUGAGCAGAUAACAUGCAUUUCUCCAUACCAGAAACGGAGGUCCGCUCGGGAGAAAACGGUUCAACCUACGUGGCCUACAACAUCCACGUCAACGGUGUGCUGCACUGUCGGGUACGCUACAGUCAACUUCUCGGCCUCCAUGAACAGAUAAAGAAAGAAUAUGGCAGCAACGUGGUGCCUGCUUUCCCCCCAAAGAAGAUCUUCACCUUGACCCCCGCUGAGGUGGAGCAGAGACGAGAACAGCUUGAGAAAUACAUGCAGGCCGUUCGUCAGCAUCCUUUGCUCGGAAGCAGCGAGUUGUUCAACAGCUUCUUAAGGAAAGCACAGCAGGAGACCCAGCAAAUUCCCACAGAAGAAGUGGCUUUAGACAUCAGCCUCUCCAACGGCCAGAAGGUCACGGUCAACAUUCUUACCUCAGACCAGACUGAGGAUGUUCUCGAUGCUGUUGCAACAAAGCUUGACCUCCCAGAUGAACUUGUUGGAUAUUUCAGUCUUUUCUUGGUCCGUGAAGGUGUGGAUGGAAAUCUAACAUUUGUGCGGAAACUGCAGGAGUUUGAGCUGCCCUACGUAUCCAUUACCAGCUUGCGGAGCUCUGAGUUUCACAUAAUCUUACGGAAAAGUUACUGGGACUUGUCAUAUGAUAGUGAUGUAAUGGAGAACAGAGUUGGCUUGAAUCUGCUUUACGCACAGACAGUGUCUGACAUUGAGCGAGGAUGGAUCCUCGUCAGCAAAGACCAGCACCGGCAGCUUAAGUCACUGCAGGAGAAAGGCUCCAAGAAAGAGUUCAUCCAUCUAGGUCAGACUCUGAAAUAUUACGGCUACAUCAAGUUUGACCCGUGCGUGACCGACUUCCCUGAAAAGGGUUGCCAGGUCAUCGUCAGUGCUGGCAACAACGAGCUCAAUUUCCACGUCAAGCUGCCCAAUGAGCAGAUGAAGGAGGGGAGCUUCAAAGUCACGCGCAUGAGGUGCUGGCGAGUCACGUCUUCUCAAGUCCCAAUAUCCAACGGUACAAACAAUCCCUGCAGUUCUGCCAAAUGUGAGGUCAAGCUGGAGCUUGCCUUCGAGUAUCUGAUGAGCAAGGAUCGGCUCCAGUGGGUCACCAUCACCAGCCAGCAGGCUAUCAUGAUGAGCAUCUGCCUUCAGUCUAUGGUGGAUGAAUUAAUGGUAAAGAAGUCAGGUGGCAGCAUCAAAAAGAUGCUGAGGAAGCGACACAACGGGUCCAUCCACCGGUCUGACAGUCAGCAAGCUGUGAAAUCUCCCCCCCUACUGGACUCACCUGACCCAAACCGUGAACAAGUUGUCAAACUCUCAACCAAGCUGAACUCGGUGUCUCUGAGAGGGAUCAGCGCUUCCAACUCGGCGAACGAUAUCAGCGGCAACGAUUUCCACGGCAACUACGCUUUCGAGGGAAUCGGGGACGACGACCUGUAACAACGCGAUUCACCUUGCACCCCUUUUAUUCAACUGUUAACAUAAAUUACUAGCUGAGCUGAGCCGAGCCGAGCGGUCCUCCCCAGGCUUCCACUUCUGCAAUAUUGUAGCUUCUUCCUGGAGAAAUUGCUGCCUUAAGCUCCCGAGUAAUCUUUGACUGUGUCCUUCUGUUCUUUUAGACAUUUGACGGCUCAUGUCGAUUUGUACUUUAGCUGCAAUCAUCAUGUUUUAAACUUUGUUCCUAUUUUAUUGAGCUACAUGAAGAAAGCCUGGAUUCUUCCUUGAGCGGCUGCAUGUUCAUCUCCAACCAGAGAGCCAAAUGUUUAGUUCGACCUGUCACUAGUGAUGUAACGGGGAUAAGAAGAGCUCGGAACAAUCCAGUGAAUUCCAGCAAAUGCGUUCAGAUUUUCUCUCACAAUUUUAGAUCAUUCAGAGCCACCGCUUGUAGAUGAUCAGUGUCUGGUUUGGCUAAGUACCAAAACAUGUUUUUAUAAUGUUCUUUUUAUCAUGUUACUCAUGUGCCAAGUUAGUCUUCAGUGAUGUUUUGAAGUCAUGUCAGAGGAGGUAUCACUCGAUCUGCUUUCAGAAGUGGUCUGGUGCCUUAACUUUAUUUUUCUUUUCUUUUUUUCCUCAUGGAGUAAUCUUGCCAUCUAGCCUGGGUUGAAACUAAACAUUUGCAUCAUCCAGUUUUUUUUUUUUUUUUUUUUUUUUAAGUUGCAGAACUUGAUGAAAGGCUGAUUUGGUUUGAGCUGCUUGCACUUGCUGAACCCAUCAUUUUGCACAGUAUUACAGGUAGAAAUGAGAUGAAUGUUUGAGUGGAAGAUCGAGCACGACUUAAAAUGUUGCAUGAAGACUUUUUUCUUUCCCCAGGGGGCUUUGUAGAUUCAUCUAUGAUUUUUUUUUUUUUUUUAAACAUAUUUUUAAGUUUCUCAUUAAUGCCAAAUUAUAGUUUACUACAGCAUUUUGCACAAAAUAAACAAAAUUAUGAUAAUGUCACUUUUUAUAUUCUGUACAUGCAAUUAAGCAUUUCUGAACAUUUACUAAUAUGUUUAUCAUCAUAGCUUAUUGUAAUCAAAUAGAUCAAAUGUAAUCUAAGCUGUAUGGAACAAAGUUUAAGAGGACCAACAUUUAUCAUGUUUACAUAAUAUUGAGGGGACUUUUUAGUUCAAAUGGAAAGUGUUUACAAAUUUGUCAUCUAAUUUUCUUUGUCAUGUUCUUUGUGGGAAAGCGACGGUGUUUUGGGGGUCGUUCUUUGGGGGGCUGCGGUUCCUUGUAAUUUGUUUGUACAUUGUGCCAAUCAUCUCAGAGGAUUUAUUUAGAAAAGGUGCUUUUGAAGUGGCCAAUGUGAUCACGAUUGCUGGAGUGAACAAAAUUCAUGGAGUGUAGGCAACAAUAUCAACAUAUCCUGUUUUAGAAAACAUGUAAUUCCAUUGUAUUGCUGUUAGCCUGACCUAUUUUAAAUAGCCUCUGUUUGAUGCUUUUUGAAGCUUCUACUGUAAAUGUAAAUCAGUGCCAACCUAUCAACUGCUUUAAACUCACUUGUAGCCACGACUACAAUGUUCUCAACUUAUAUGACCUGUUCUUUCACUGCUGUGGUUCUUAGUUCAUUUGCUUCUAUGUUAGAGACUGAUGUGGACACUACCACGUUUAUUCCCAUCAAUACCAAGUACACAGUGCUGCGAGAUCCUGGGUGUUAGUAGAUGUGUAGGUGCCAAAUUACACCUUGACUCAAGUGCAGAUUCUCAUCAGCAUCAUUUUUGAAGUAAAUGUCAAAUUUCAUAAAUAUUGUACUGACUUGAUUCAUUCCACUAAUUUUCAUUUUGAUUUUUAGUGGUCGGAUCGUCUGCUUUGUUUAUGAUGCUGAAAUAAACUCUGAAAUUCAGUGA